ACUCUAGGGCUGACAUGAUCUGGACCUGCAGCCUUAUUCAGAUUCAACAUUUUUGUUUGCUUGUCUAAUUUCUUUAAGUUUUAAGGAGACCCUUCACAUCAUGCUGAUCUAUUCCAUGGCACCAAAAGCUGGUUGGGAAUCAGCCUGUGGACGUUAAAAUCCUCUUUUUACCAAACUGUUUUUAUUUAGAUUCAAUUUAACUAAACUAAAAAUGGAAACAAACUCUUCGCCAGACUGCUGGAUGGCGGGAGUGUUUGACAUUGACCUGGAGACGGAGGACGUCAGCGACCCAGAGGAUGACUCCUGUGAGCUGACUGUCAUCGAACCUGACUGUGUGCAGACUGAGGAGGUGGAGCUGACCAGUGAAAGCGUCAACAGAGACAGUGAGAGAGUUGGACCUGACUGUUUUGAGCUCCUCACGGUGCUGGGGAAAGGCGCCUAUGGCAAGGUGUUCCAGGUGAGGAAGGUUCAAGGUCCCCAAACAGGAAAAAUAUUUGCCAUGAAGGUCCUGAAGAAGGCUAAGAUAGUCUGCAAUGCCAAAGACACGGCUCACACACGAGCAGAGCGGGAGAUCUUGGAGAAGGUGAGACACCCGUUCAUCGUGGAUCUGCUGUACGCCUUCCAGACGGGAGGGAAGCUCUACCUCAUCCUGGAGUGUCUGAGCGGGGGAGAACUGUUCAUGCAGCUGGAGAAGGAAGGCAUCUUCAUGGAGGACACCGCCUGUUUCUACCUGGGGGAGAUCACGAUGGCUCUGGGUCACCUCCACUCUAAUGGGAUAAUCUAUCGAGACCUGAAACCUGAAAACAUCAUGCUCUGUCAGCAAGGGCACAUCAAGCUGACUGAUUUUGGCCUCAGCAAGGAGUCGAUUCAUGAUGGAUCCAUCACACACACCUUCUGCGGCACCAUUGAAUACAUGGCGCCUGAGAUCCUCACCAGGUCGGGUCACAACAGAGCGGUGGACUGGUGGAGCCUCGGGGCCCUGAUGCAUGACAUGAUGACUGGAUCGCCUCCGUUCACAGCUGAAAACAGGAAGAAGACCAUCGAUAAGAUCCUGAAAUGUAAAGUGAACCUUCCACCAUAUCUGACCAUCGAUGCCAGAGACCUGAUAAAAAAGCUGCUGAAGAAGAAUCCAGCUCAGAGAAUCGGUUCUGGAAAAGGCGACGCUGCUGAUAUCCAGAAACAUCCAUUCUUCAGGCACAUCAGCUGGGAGGAGCUGCUGAAUAAAAACGUGGAGCCGCCAUAUAAACCACAGCUACACUCGGAGGAGGACACGAGCCAGUUUGACACCAGGUUCACCAGACAGACGCCAGUGGACAGUCCAGAUGACACCACGCUCAGCCACAGCGCAGAGCUCGCCUUCGCUGGGUUCUCCUUUGUGGCCCCGUCAGUCCUUGAGAGUCUGAAAGAAGGAUUCUCAUUUGAACCUCGAUCGCGUCACGUCCGUCGCCACAACAGCAGCCCGCGCACACCUGUCAGUCCUCUGAAGUUUUCUCCUGCUGGGCCCUUUAAGUCCAGCCUGGACGGAGAGCCGGACCUGUUCUCCCCCACGUCUCCACCUGCUGCCCCGCCUCCCGUCUCCCUGGAAAACGGAGCAGCAAGUCAGCCAAUCAAGACACCUUCAAGGAACAAGAAGAAGAAGAUUCAUCGGAGAUGAAGCAGGCUAUCUCCCAAAGUUCAGUUCUGGUUCUGGUCUUAUGAGCAGUUUCUGCUCAGCGAGCGCCGAGACAGGAAGUGUUUCUGCUGGGUUAAAAAGUUGGUUAACAGAGAUGGGUCUAAAAAGCUGGAAUAAUCGUUGGAAUUCUGUCUCUUCUGGGAAAUUAUCCAUGGAUCAGCAUCUGCUGACGCUAAGUUCAUCCAUUAAGGUUUUAUUUAAAGCUCUGAUAGAAACAAACGACUAAAUCUGCCAGCCUGAGGGCCCAAUUCAAAGGAAACUCAAACUCCUAACAAAUGUAAUUACAAAAAGGCCAAAGAAGCCAUUGAUUUUCCUUUAGCAGCUUCUCUGUGUGUUUAUGAGGGGUCGAGGUGGGAUGUGUGAUGGAUUGACUGGAAGCUCUGGACUUUCAUUACAGCUAAAGGGAGCAGUGAUUUAAAGUUCUUGACAAUCAGCUGAUGUUUAAUUAGAGCUGACGUAGAAUAGCCCGAUUGGAGCUCAGGAAAUUUGAAAAUGACCUUCAGCCAACAGGAAGCUCCAACAGAUCAUGUUUCUGUUUCCUUCUCCUGGUUCAGUGUUUUAUUUAUUUCUGCAUGUGAAAGGUCCAAAGAGCCUCACGGUCCAAAACCAACAAGAAGUAACACCCUUUAUCUUCACCUGAUGACAUCAUCAUCAUAAUGCCUCUCUGCUUGGUGGUUCGUUUGGUGCCUCCAAUUGACAACAUUUAGCCAAUCAGAGCAGGCUGGGCCUUAAAGAGACAGGAGCUGAAAAGAAAACAGGACGAAAAUCCUUGUCUGCAACUAUGAAAUUAUGAGUUUGUAAAACAUGAAAAGGACUCUUUAGGAUCGUAUGACUGUAAAUACAUUUCUGCUGCAUGCAUCACAUGUGAUGUAAUUAAUUAACGAAGGUCAGAUUUGUCCUUUCCUGUCUGCUGCCAAAGGAGUUCUCAUGAUUUAUGGUCAGAUUGGACAGACGGGCCGAUCGCACCAUUCAGCCAAGGGACAAAUGUAUGAACGUCGUUUGGAUUUUAAAAGUGUUGCUCUCAGAAACAAGAAGCUGUUUUUACUAAAGACCUGCAGGUCAAACAACAUGAUGGUUGUUGCUGUUCAAGCAGGAGAACUUUAAUGGAUCGGAGAAAGAUUCUCAUGUUCUCUUGGUGGGAAUUUAUUUGAUUUCUUUUUCAAUCAAACCAGCAGGGAAUCACUCAGAAGAACCCAGAAAGCUCUUGAAGACCACAUAAAUGUUAGAUGAUCAGGGACUGAGAGACAGAAAGGUCAGGGUUCAGCAUAUAACAUACACAUAUACAUGCAUGGAUAAGGACAACAUUGUUCACAUGCAGACAACUGAUUCAUUGCUUGUAUUCCUGAUCACAUCCACAUCAGACCGUUCCUUCUGGGUGCAAAAUGGAAAUAAAGAUUGAGAUGUAGUUAUAACCAGAUAUUUACAAACAGACAUUAUUUGUUGCUGUCAGACAUGAAAUCAGACUGAAUGUUUCCUGUUUUACCAAAAUUAUUUCUAUUUGCUAAACGACUAAAUAAUGAGAGAAAAGUUGACCUACGUUUCCUCAGGGUUCAUUAGAACUGUCUGAAUUGGGUCAGGUGUUCUGGGUUUCUUACUGUAGUUUGCUAGAACUUUGUCCCAUCUCUCCUGACAGAACUGGUGUAACUGGGUCAGGGCUGUAGGCCACCUUACUUAAGCAAACAAUUUCAGCUCUGCCCGCGAAUUAUCUGUGGAACUUGGAUCAGGACUUGAUGGUUGCUCCAACUCAUCGACUAGUUCUUUCAGCCACUUCAUCUGGUGCUAUGCUGAGGGACCUUGUCCAUUAAGACGACCCAUCUGUGUCCAAGCUUGAACUAUUUAGUGAAGUGCACCAGUCCCUCUUGCAGUAAAGCAGCCAAAUAACCGGAUGCAGCCACCCUUGAAUUUUGUAGUUGAGAUGAAGUUCUCAGGCUUGGAGGCUUCGUCUUCCAAGCCUGAUGUCCCUCAAAUGUAAUGAUGGUCUUCACCUUUAGGUUCAUCAGACUCCAGGAAAUAUCUUUGAACGUUGGUGUAGUCUGUCUUCUGUGUUGCUUUUGAGGAAAUGGCUUUUCCCUCUCUGAGCGGCCUUUCAGUCCAUGUUUGUGCAAGUCUUCAUCCAGUAUCUUCACGAGCUCUUUAGCUGUUGUUCUGGAGCCGAUUCUCACAUUUCACACCAGAACCCGUCCGUCACCCACCUGAUCAGAACAAUGAAUCCUGCUGCUUAUACUUUAUUUGAGCAGCUAAAUGUGGAACCUUCAGACAUGGAUGGACCGGGCUGGUGGAGAUCCACUUUUCUCUUCUUCAUAUAUUGGCUGAUUUCUUCAGAUUUUUCUAUGAUGUCACACAAGGAAGCAUUUUUUCCAUCCACACGCGCCGCCUUUUAACACAGAUGUGAAUUAGCUUACAAAGCUAUGACAUCAUCAUCAUCUGGGCUCCCCCAUACUGUUCGAAGGCCUAGUAAUCGUGGUGUUUGUACAUUUCUGACUAUUAAGAAGGGUAAAAUAAAUGUCAUUAUUCUGGUUUUCAUCCAGUAGAAAUAAUUUCUAAAGCAGGAAAGAUUUUUCCUCGUCGUUGCAGCUUCAUCUGUUGUAAAUGUUACGUUUCUCCUCAGGACAGAACCUGAAACAAUUCACCAGCUGAUCUAGACUUAUUUAUCUGAAUUUGAUUGAUUGUUACAGCAGGGAGAACCUGUGCUGGUUCUAAAGCGGCUUGGUUUUAGUUCUGUUCAUGUUUAGACAUCAAGAAAAUGACUGAACUGGUUUUCAGGAGAAAACAUUUAAUUCACGUUUUUCAUUAGAGGUUUUUUUUUUUUUUAAAUCCCAGACUGGCCCGUUACGUCCGGACCGGUUCUGGAUUAGAAGUAACUCACGUUGGAAUGAUUGUUUCCUGGCUGCUUCUCUGCUGGGAACUCCUCAUUCCUGAACAGUUGGACGAAAGUGAACCGUGAGAUUGUGAAAGUUUCUUCCUCCUCUUUUCUCUCUCAUGGUGAUUUUUUGAUUUCCUUCAGGAUCUCUUGUUACCUUCAGAGCGAUGAGGGGACUGUAAGUAAAACCCGUUCUCAGUCUGGUAUCAACUGUGAAUGAAUCUAGUUCUGUUUCAUGGCUCUUAAUUCAGGAUGGAAUACAUCUCCAGUGAAUAAAUAAAAUCAGCUGGAUUGAAAGAAGAAAUAUUGUCAGGGUCUCCAGACAUCUGACUUUCCAUUUGCUCUGAGGUUUUAUUGUUUUUUUUUAUUAGUCCUCACUUAUCAGACCCAUCCCUCCUUUAUUACUACAAUCAGUCUGCAGUGUUUGGAAGCACAGUCAGCCUUAUAGCCACUCUUCUGCCUCGGUAACUGAACUCAUCUGGUUAUUUCAUACCAGAAAAUGCUUUAUUUCUCUUUGAUUUUGUGUAUUUAUUUACAUAAUUAAUUAUUAUUACACAGAGGAAUGAUGCACAUCUGAAAUUGUACAAUUAUGUAAAGACUAUAGAAAAUAGCUUAUAUUUGAGAUUGUUUCUUCCAACUGAUGAAUGUGUUCUGAAUAAAAAGGAUUUAUUUCCUGGGA